AUGAACUCGGCAGCCAUUUCUUUCGAAUCGAAAAUUGCCCUGGCCUUGAGUGGUUCGAGUUGGCAGCAACUACAGGGUGACAGUGCUGUGGAGCCCACCAUUGUGGCCGAAGAUGGCAUUGACUCCGAUUCGGACGGUGGCGAUGCCGUUCUGGAGAUUCCUGCAGAAGAAGUGAUCGAUCCAGUCGUACUUGAGAAACGCAGGAGAAAAAUGGAGCGCUUCAACAGCACUAUUGCAAGAGAUGCAGGACAUGUUGUAGAGACAAUCGAAAAGACCGCGCUCAUCCCGGUACCAGAGCCAGUAGUAUGGGACGAGGAACCGGAGCUGUUAUGUUGCUACAACUGGCAGGCUGCGGAAGACGGUACCAAUACAAUAUUCGUCCCCGGCGAGCCAGCAAAAUGGCAACCGCCAAGUCUGCCGCAAACUGUCGAAAAGGAUAGUGGCUGGGAUUCCAACGACUACAACUACGCUCGCCAACCGAAAAAUCCGUACCUGCCGAUGUUCAAUGCCCUCCGGGUCAUGUCACCAAACACCACUUUCCACAACGUCGACGUUCUCGCAGAUCGCAACAAUCUCCGUGUGUUGUUGGAAUUUGCUCAGGGCAAGAACAACGCACCUCUCCGGCUCAAUCUUUAUUUAGUCUUCAAUACACUCGUUAUCGUGCGCAGAGAGUCACGGUGGUGGAAACGUUCAGACGGGCGGAGUUGCGGGUUCAGCUUCGAGCGAGCCUUCACAAAGAAAACUGAAGAUAUGGAGGACGCAACGAGUCACUAUCGAGCCAUACGAUAUGCAAUGGGUCCUCUCAACGUCGUCUGUCGCUUCGAAGCAGACGCAUACGACGACGGAAUCAUUCCCGACGAUCUCACACAGACCGAAGCAGCAGCGGUGAGCGGAAGCUCACACGUGAACCCUCCAAGGUUCAAUUACAACGCGCCAAUUCGGGUUCUGCAGAAAGGCCAUAUCGUGCCAACAGCCCAGAUACUUGAGCUCAAAACUCAUACUUAUAACCCAUUGGGAUCAGGGUUGGUCCCAUGUCAAGAUCAGCUCUGGUUCGGUCGUACAUCGUUGCUUUACACGGCACCCUACGAGAAAGGUACCGGUAUUGUGUCCAGGAUCAAGCAUGAAGUCGCAACUGCGAGGCUGAAGACAUGGGAGCAGAACCAGCAGGAACCAUUGCGGAAACUUGUUGCUCUGCUUAUACGCCUGAGAGAUGUCCUGAAGCGAGAGAAUCGGCCGAAUCGAGCUUUGGUACUUGUGAGGGAAGAGAAGGGCGGGCCAAUUUUAUUGCAUCCGGGCACCUACCGCUUUGACAGCUACGAGAACGGCAAGCCAAAAUGGGCGCCUGGCAAAGACGACAAGAGAGACUACCGCGACUAUCGCGAUAGCCGAAGAGGCGAUCACCGCCGUUCUCGCAAGGAGAGGCCUGUCGACGAUGCGCCGCCGCCGCCAUAUCCCAACAACCCUCCACCGCCCCCGCAUGGCGCCUAUCCUCCACCGCCUCCACCAGGGCACGAAGGAUAUCCUCCGCCGCCUCCCCCACCACCGCCGGGAAUGGAGGGCAUGCCACCUCCACCACCUGAAUCUAUGCCACCACCACCCAGAGAAGAACGCGACCCUCGUGGAGCCCGACCACGUCGCCAUCGCAGGCAGCCGUCCUACUCGUCCGACUCUGACUCCGACUCUCCACCACCCCAACCUCGACGUAAGCAUCGCGACGAUCGCCGCGACGACCGCCCCCGCCGACCCAGGCACGAGGACACCUACGACUCAUACGACGAGCACUAUCCUCCUCGCAGGCCUAAAGACGAUGGUCGCCGUGACCGCGACGGCUACAAGUCCGAAGGCUACAAGUCUGACCGCCGCCGCAAAGACAAGGAUCCCUACUACGAGGACCGCGACCGCCGUGACAGGCCCCGUGACGAUCGUAGACGCCGCGAUGACCCGUACGACAACAAAUACGACGACAUGUUCAACAGCAAGCCGCGUCGCGACUCUCGCUACGACGAUGGAGGUCGCGACAGGCGCAGUCGAUACGACGACGAUGAUCGCUACGACGACCGCCGCAGGAGUGGUAGAGGUGGAGGCGGCAAGCCGGGAAAGCCUGGACAGCCGGAGUGGCAGAGGCAGGCUAUGGGCAUGUUCAAGGACUAUGCCCUACCUAUCAUCAAGAAAGAGGGCGCCAAAUAUGUGCAGAAGCAGAUGGCCGGUGGCUUUGGAAGGCGCUGA